AUGGCUACCACCAUCGAGGAGGCAGAAGACAGAGCUGCGAGGAGGGAGGCUCAAGCUCUGGCCAGAAGAGACAGAGAGCAGCAGCGGGCUGAAGAGAUCCAGCUGGAAGCCACUUCCGCCAUAGCUGGUGACUCCCAGCCCAGCCGCAUCAGUGCAAACCCCGGGUGCUCAUCUGCCAGUUCCGGACAUUCCACCACCGGCCUCUCAGCCCCUCCAAUCCCCUUUCAAACCUCCCACGGUCUUCAGCUGCCUGACUCUCCUCGAAUACCAACUAGGAGCCCGCCUGCAGCACCGGCCCAACAUAUUCGAGGUCUCCAGUCGUCCUCUAGCCCUUCCUCCACCAGACCCAUGGCAUCUGUUGCUCCCCCGGCCAAAAGAGCCAAAAAAGGAUGUGGAAUGUGCAGAAAGGUGGAUCCACCCGGCCAAGGAAAGACGGUGCCAUGGGUCCAGUGUGACACCUGCCACAGCUGGUUCCAUUGGGUCUGCGUGUCAUGGGAGGAAGGGCUAGGGGAUUUUAUUUGUUUUUGGUGCCGAGACAUGUAG